AUGCGCAUUAAUUGCAACACAAGUGUUCAAGGAAAGCUUGUUGUUCUUGUACCAUAUCGCACGGAGCAUGUGCCAUUCUAUCAUAAGUGGAUGCAGGAUCCACAUUUACAAGAGGCUACUGCAUCUGAGCCACUGACUAUGGAGGAGGAGUAUGCGAUGCAGCGUUCAUGGGCGGAGGACGAGGACAAGUUGACCUUCAUUGUGCUCGAUAGAAACCGACCCGAUACACCGGGUACAGGAUUCCACGGGGGUGCCAUGGCAGGAGACGUGAACCUUUUUUUAACGCUAGGCGAGGAGGAAGGUGGGCGUCAAGCGGCAGAAGUUGAGGUGAUGAUUGCGGAAGAGGCCAGCCGUGGCAAGGGCCUGGCUAAGGAGGCCCUUCGCUUGCUCAUGGCCUAUGCUAGCAGGGAGCUCGGGGUGAAGCGCUACGUCGCAAAGAUACACGAGGUUAAUCACCCGUCACAGCGUCUGUUCGAGGGGCUAGGAUUUAUGGAGUUCCGCAGGUAUGCAAUCCAGCUUCAAUCCCCCAAUCAUCUCUCUUGCCCGCCUUGGGCCUUAUAA